AUGGCUGCCCCGGCAGCCACUCGUCUGUCAAGACAAGCUGUUUGCUCGGCUUGUUUGGCACGAAUCUCCCGCCAUUCCUAUGUGGUCGAUGUCCUUCUCAGACCUUCAGUGACUGCGAAGCGGGAGCUUCACGGUGCUCUAUUUGAUGCAAAUGGAAGGCCCCGGAAUACCGUUUCAGAUUCACAGAGCUUCGUUCGGGACUAUUUCUCUGCCAACAGUUCCAUUGAGAGAGGAUGGGUUACCAGCGGGCUUUUGGCAGCCAUGCGCACCGCCGCAGAACCUCACGGGGAAAGGGACAGCUCUUGGACCCGCGAAAAAAGUCAAAUUCGAGCACAUGAAGACCUAAAAAGAAUUGUGUUGGACCAUAAAGAAGCUACAAUAGGAAGAAACGAGAGUCAAAAGGCCGAUCCGGGAAGAAAGAACGCAGAGCCUGUCCAAAUCCUCUCUGGCGUAGAUGACGGUGGACUAUUACCGCACAGAAGAAGGAAGAGACGAAAGAGCAAUGACACAUCUCCAAAAGAAACGGAAGGUUCCUUGCCCUUAGACGCCUCGUCACGGUUGACAGCAGCAGCAUCGUCCAUGCCGAAAUCCGCCCUCUUCCGUCGCAAAUUUGCAACAUACCUCUCGUUGACGAAACCUCGAUUAUCAUUUUUGAUCUUGCUCACGACCACCUCAGCCUACUCAUUAUAUCCCAUUCCUGAGCUUCUAUCAUCCGCAGCUUCGUCCGUGGAAUCAUCAUUUUCCACAUCGACCUUGACAUUCCUGUUCCUGACUACGGGCACCUUUUUAUCAUGUGCGUGUGCAAACACCCUCAACAUGCUCUUCGAACCAAAGUAUGAUGCGAAAAUGUCGCGGACUCGCAACAGGCCUCUCGUCCGAAAGCUGUUAUCUCCUCGUGCAGCUUCAAUAUUUGCAAUACUCUGUGGAGCCUCAGGUCUCACGCUUCUGGCACUGGGCACGAAUCCUACGGUGGCCGGACUUUCAGCUCUGAACAUAUUCCUCUAUGCUGGAGUCUAUACUCCGAUGAAGCGAGUGUCGGCUGCAAAUACGUGGAUUGGUGCUAUCGUGGGUGGUAUUCCUCCCUUGAUGGGUUGGUGUGCGGCGGCUGGCGAGGUGGCCACGUCAGAACAUCAUUCAUGGCAAGAUCUACUCUUUUCAGAGGACUCUCUCGGUGGCUGGGCUCUGGCUGCGUUACUAUUUGCGUGGCAGUUCCCACAUUUUAUGUCUUUAUCCCACACCAUACGAGAAGACUACCGGAGUGCAGGGCAUAAAAUGUUAGCUUGGACCAAUCCUGCUCGAAAUGCUCGUGUCGCUCUUCGAUAUUCCAUCGCAAUGUUCCCCAUAUGUGGACUGCUAUAUUGGGCGGGCUAUGUGGAUUCGGGCUUUCUUGUCGUCAGCACUGCUUGCAAUAUCUGGAUGACUCGUGAAGCGAUACGCUUCUGGAGAAAGCAGGGUGCUGGAGGCAGUGCACGAGGACUCUUUUGGGCAAGCGUCUGGCAGCUUCCACUGGUGCUUGUUGGAGCUUUGGUGUGCAAGAGAGGUCUAUGGGAUGGUUUCUUUGGCACCAAGGAGUCCGCCAGCAUAUAUGACGAACGUGAACCUGAGAGUGACGGCGAUGGCCUGGGUAUGGAGAGAGCAAGGCCCAAACCUCCCCCGGAUAUCAAUUUAGCGAUGAUGGGAUUCAAGCGACCAACUUGA